GAUGUGAAACGUUGUUAGUGGCUAGAAUGUCUGGCUAGAAUGGACUAACGUGUGGCACUAGUGUCUGAAAGGAAAUGUGAAUUCGCCUGAGAUUAUUCUAACAUUUCUAUUGGACGAAGGAGAAGGCGGACUUCUCGAUGCCAUCCAGUGAAACAGUGCUUACCCCUACUACCAACCACUCGUGGACUUGCUUGUGCAUUAGUCUAUUUCGUGACACGGAGUCCACGCAGAACAUGGUGUCCACCACCAAAGUGGAUAACACGUCGACAGGCAGUUGUCCUGACUUUGACCCUCUGGUGGACGCUCGUCAGGAAUCUGUGCUCCUCAAUGACGCCAACGCGAACACGGACUCGGAGACCAGCGCGUGUGUGAAACAGAUGAAUGAAAUUAGAUUGCGUCCCAAGGACGUCAACUCUAAUGCUACAUCCCUCGAAAAAAUAUCGAUCAGCCCCUGUGAUAAAACUCCGAGCAAAUCGCCUAUGUCAUGUGACUUACCCUGGACGCCCAUUGAUAAGAACGAGGCAGAGGCGCAUUCCUCUGUUGCUAAUGACAAUGAGAAUGUAUUGAACUCUCUGGCCGUAACAGUGUUAUCUGAGACUGAGUCAGACCCUAAAAAGAAUCAUGAGCCACGUUAUGAUGAAGAGGAAGAUGAAGAAGAAGAAAUUCUGGGUUCAGAUGAUGAUGAACAGGAGGAUCCUCGAGACUAUUGUAAAGGAGGGUACCACCCAGUGAAGAUUGGAGAUUUGCUCAAUAAUCGCUAUCACAUAGUCCGUAAACUGGGCUGGGGCCACUUCUCAACUGUCUGGCUCAGCUGGGAUCUUGUGUGCAAGCGUUUUGUGGCUCUCAAAGUUGUCAAAAGUGCUCAACAUUACACAGAGACAGCUUUAGAUGAAAUUAAACUCUUGAAAUGUGUCAGAGAAGCAGAUGAAACCGACCCACAUAGAGAAAAAGCUGUUCAGUUGCUUGAUGACUUUAAAAUCUCUGGAGUCAAUGGAACCCAUGUUUGCAUGGUCUUUGAAGUAUUAGGCAACAAUCUCCUGAAACUAAUUAUUCGUUCAAAUUAUCAAGGUAUUCCUCUGCAUAAUGUAAAGCUGAUCAUAAAACAGGUUUUAGAGGGCUUGGACUACCUCCAUACAAAAUGUAAAAUAAUACACACAGAUAUCAAGCCAGAGAAUAUACUUAUGUGUGUUGAUGAAGGUCACAUCAGAAAACUUGCCGCUGAUGCAAUAGAAUUUCAAAGGCUUGGUCUCAAGUUGCCAGGCUCAGCAGUGAGCACAGCACCUAAGGAAAAACCUGUGGAUGUUUCUAAAAUGUCCAAAAAUAAAAAGAAGAAAAUGAAGAAAAAGCAGAAGAAACAAGAACAGCUCAUUCAGAUGCAGAUGAAACAAUUGGAGGAGCUUGACCGAGAGAAAGGAGGUGACAAGCGACCGGGCAGUAAAAUGCUAAAUAGUAUCAGCACCACAAGUUUACAAAGUAUGGAAGCCGAGUCAUGCAGCAAUAGCACAAAGAGUAUUAUUGCCAACAAUGCAGGUGGUGGAGGGGACCAUAGUACAAAACUUACCAAUGGUCAGCGAAAGUCUCUUUUAUUAGAAGGAGAAAACAACAAUGCAGUAGUGACAGGAAACAAACUACAGAGUGGUCAGUCAAACUCAUUGGAAAACAAGAAAAAUGAGGCCAAAACUGAAAACUGUGAAAACAAUAGCAGUCUUUCAUGUAAGACUAAUGUCAUUGACACAGAAGAGGAAGAAUCCUCCAGUCUAAACAAAUCUUCAGGCUCUGACAGUCAAGCCUCCGGCAUUGCCAAACUCAAUGUGACUGGUGAUUCUAACAACGAUGGCAAUAACCAGCUCAUGUGUGUAAACAACAAUAGUCCCGCUGAUACAAAUACUGACAAUCAAACCAGCAAUGCUGUAGUAACCUCAGCACCGUCUAACUAUUCAGAACCUUUAUAUAAUGGACAUGCCUCAGAAUUCUCUAGGGACUCUUCUAGCAUGGAGGCAGAAUAUUCUAGGAAAGCUGAUCAAGAAGAGUCUCAAAACAACAGCAGAAAUAAUAUUCCUAUUUCUGAUAUUCAGUGCCCUGAGUCUGGUAUAGUUAUCGGUGCAGGAGAGUGCCUAGUGGACCAUGAUGGAUUAUGUGAACUGGAUGGACAACGUCUUGUGAAUAGUGUUUCUGUGGAAUCCUGUGAUGGUGAAAUAGAAGAUAUGCAAACUGAAGGACCUGAUGAGCAAAUAUUGCCUUGUAGAAAGCCAGACCCUGUGCAAGAGAUCUGUGAUGAAUUUCCUGUAAAAAUUGCUGAUCUUGGCAAUGCUUGCUGGACAUACCACCAGUUUACAGAAGAUAUACAGACACGCCAAUAUAGGUGUCUGGAAGUCUUAAUUGGAGCAGGUUAUGACACUCCUGCUGAUAUAUGGAGUACAGCUUGCAUGGCGUUUGAGCUAGCUACAGGAGACUAUCUUUUUGAACCUCAUAGUGGGGAAGACUACACCAGAGAUGAAGACCAUUUAGCACACAUCAUUGAACUGGUGGGACCUAUUCCCAGAAAUAUAGCUUUGAGUGGAAAAUAUUCAAGAGAAUUUUUUAAUAGAAAAGGUGAACUAAGGCAUAUUAGCAAGCUGAAACCUUGGGGUCUUGUGGAGGUACUCACAGAGAAAUACGAAUGGUCAGAGAAGGAGGCCAGAGAGUUCAGUGAAUUCCUUCUCCCAAUGUUGGUAUUUGAUCCUGCUGAAAGGGCUACCGCAGCUGAGUGUUUAAAGCACCCUUGGUUACAGGAAGUAUGACCAUUAGCCUUUCGUGGCUAGGGAUUUUGCCAAUAUGGUCGCUUUUUGUUGUUGUUUUUUUUCUUCUAGAGACAUUCAUCGCUCACAACUCAAAACAGCCGCACACAAAACUCAUCUAAUUCACUGGAACUCUGAAAGAAAAAAAAAAAGGACUUUAAACAUUAAGGAUGCGUAACUCAACAACUCUGUUGUUUUGGCUGUCUUGUUGCACUGGUAUACACUACCCUGGUGUCCCAUGAUUUUUGUCUAGUAUUGCCCGGGAAUAAUUUAUUUAUUUUUAUGUUUCUGAAUGCUGCCUUUUUUUUUUUUCAUAUUUACAGCCUGUCUGUUGACACAUGUAUGAUUUUAAUGUCCCUUCAGUGGUAUUAGGACAAAUGUUUACUGGCAUAGUCCAAUGGUUUCAUACCAUUCAAUGUCAUCAGAUGAAACAAAUAACAUAGUUGCAGUAGGGUUCAAUGUGAAUAGCUCUGAGAAAGUUGUAUAUUUUUUUUAGUCUACAUACAUUCUGUAACUGUAAGGACAGCUUAAAUCUUUACCUGAAUUUUUUUUUUUUAUUUAACAAAAUAAAAAUGUUCUCAAAUGAAGAUUAAAACUAGGAGUAGCUUGACAUAUUUCAAUAUGAUUUAGUAUAUUUUUUUUUACUGUUAAUAUUUUUUUAACCUGAUUAUUUGUCAACAGUGUGUGUUCUCUAGUACUGGUAUUAAGAAAGUUUAUUAAAUAUUUUUUUUUUAAUGAUUACUUAUAAGUUAAAUAUUUAUGCUGUCCUUUAAUUGAAAUAUUAAUUGGUGGUAAAAUGUUACCAUUACCAGGACUAAGUAUUUUUGUUGUUUUUUUUGCUAACGUGAAUUUCAAGUUAACAUCAUUGUAACUAAAUGCCUUGACAGUACCAUCUUGUUGACGACGCUAGAAUGUAGGAGAAAUAUAGAGAACAAAAUUAGUUGUUGUUUUUUUUUUACUGUAACAUCAAAUAGUUUUAAAAAAUAGUUGCAUAUUUCAUUUUUAAAACAGGCUUUUGUUAAAUUUCAGAUUUAUAUUAUUUAGUAAUAGUAGCAUAUUAUAAACAUGAGUAUACAGCCAUAAAUACAAGCUUAAUGGGUAGUUUUUAGCUAUUUUUUUGUGUUUUCUUUUUAAGUCUGAUGCCAAAAAUCUUAUCAUAGACCUGUCACUAAAGGAGAAAAAGAAAUGCAAUCAAAUAUCAACAGUUGGAAGAAAAUAUAUAAUGAUUUACUAAUUGGAUCUAAUUUAAGACAUUGAAUUUUGUGUAAUAAAGAUUGCCACAAUUCAAUUUGAAUAAAACUAACAUAGUACUCUGCAAUUUCUUGUUACUUAUUUGUGUAAAAUGAAGGACCAAAUUUGAUAUUUAGUUGAAUUUUUGGAUUGGUCUUUUUCAGUGUUAUUAAUUCUGAUUGUUACAAUUUUAAUAACAUCUUAAUUUAAUUAUUUUUUUUUUGCUUUUGUAUUGUCUUGAUGGUUUUUCCUUUCAAAUUAUUGUAUUUUGAUAAAAUAAGAUUUUAAAAUUGUAUGAUAUAUAUAAAUAACUUAUAUCACAAAAAUUUUAAUAGUAUAAUUUUAACAUUUCUUCUCGUAAGUAAUAUCACUUGUAAUUUGGUGGUCCCUGAGUUCUAAUUAGCAUCUGUCUUAACAAAAAUGAAAGGGAGCAACAGUAUCAUUCCUGUUUUCUAUUUCCUGUUAGUCUAAAAUCAGUCUUUUCUUUGCUUACAGUCACAAGUAGAAUGUCUCAAAAAUAACAAUUAUUUAUUUGUGUUUUCAAUUAACUUCGUAAAGAUCACAUUCUAAAAUGUUGUGUUUCGAUGUGGGGCCUUCAUGGUCUCUCUUUUUAAAGAAUUGCUUUUGUGUUGUUUAUUUUGUAAGUUAGAUUAGUGGAUAAAAUAUUCUUGCUCAUUGUGCAAUCUAAGACAAACGCUUGAUAUUUUAAAAUUUUCACUAUUGGGAAUAGAUUGGGUUUCUUUAGUAUUCCUAUGUAGUUUGAGGUUUGUCAAGGCUAGGCCAGCAGUAAGGUAAUAUCUCAAUAAGGAUUUUUUUUAUCUUGUAGUUUUAAUUUGUUAACUGCCUGAAGAUUUAAGGGUCCAUUCUUAGGUAACCCCCAUAUUUUAUUAUGGUAUUUGAAACUAUAUACUUGCUUAUUAGACACGGGACACUAUUCACUUAGUUCAUUCCAAGUGUAGUCACUUUUAUUCUUUUUGUAGGUACAGUAGGUCUCUGCUUAAUGGUGCUUCUAUCUUUAUUGGUGAAUGUAUUCAAAUGAUUCUGUUUGAAUGAAAACAAUGCUGUUAAUGAUAAUAUUACCUUUUCAUUUUUUUAAGCUUUCUUCAAGUUUCUUUCAACAUGCCUGUUAAACUUUCAGACUAUUUUUUUUAAAAGAUUAUUUUUAUUUAAGCCAAAAAAAAAAUUUCAUGAAUACUUUUUUGUUCAAAUGUUAACAAACUGUCAGAUAGUUGGACCACUAAAUUGUCUGUUUCCAUUCACAGUUUUUGUUUCAUUUGGACUUUUCAGCUUACACUUUGAUUUAACUUAUUUUUUUUUUUUUAGACAGUUGCAUCCCAUUUUAAUUUGAACAUUUUCUCCACAUUUUUAAGCCAAAAAAAAAAUCAUAAAAAUAUAACUAAGUAUUGAGAUGAUUAUGCAAUUGUUGUUUGUACAAUGACUUAUUGAAAUCAUGCUUUAACAUGUUUCUGCUAGAGGAUGUAGAUCCCUUUUUUUAUAAGAUGGCACAGGAAGUAAUGGGCCUUUUGGUUAACUGAUGUUUGUACUCCACAUGACAUCAUUCAUUUGACAUAUCAUCCUGUCACACAUAACCACCAUUCAUUCAGCUUGUACAGAUUUUGUAUUGUGUAUGUAUAUUGGCUAGCCUUGAUGUGAACAUAAUUGUAAGAAUUAUCUCCCAUGUAAUGAAACACUAUUACCAUUACCAGUUGUAGUAGCUAACACUUGGGGAUGACUGUGGUGAACUAGUUCUAGUGGUGACUGAAAUGAUGAGCAAGGGUGAACGUGAAUGAAAGAGGUUUCAAGUAUUUACAUUGUACCAGUAUCACAGAAACAUAUUUUUAGAAUCUUUUGUAUUGACUUGGAUUUGUAUAGCUUUAUAAUUAACCUAGUCUAGGAAGGAUAGUCUCUAGAAAGUGUGUGUCACUCAGCUGGAAUGUGUGUUGGUUCUCAUUCUGUAUUUGCAAAUGUUGUUAUGUACACAGAGUGUGUGGUAUUUCUCAUUCAGGCUAAACAGUCUGUACUUGAGCUAGACUGUUGGUUUGUGAGUCUCAUUGUGUGGACAGUAAACAAAAAACUCCCAGGGACAACUUUGUUGCUUUGUCAGCCAGGAGCAUACUACACAUUUCUUUCUCAUCUUGGUUAACAUCAAAUAGGAGAAAAAAAAUCUAAAGAAUUGUUGUUAAAAGCAACUCAAUAAACUCUUAUUGGAACUAAUUAGAAAAGUGUUGAAAUCAUGAGACUCAAAUGAUAUUCAUUCAAAAUAUUAUUUUUUACUUGAAGUGUGUUGGUCAUAGAGUCAAGGGUAGUUCAUAUCUUUAGAUGGCUGCACCUCUAGUACUGGUUAUUGUCCCAAUUCCCUGUACAGCUAGUUCCAAUAAUUCAAGAAUAACUCUACUUUAUUGUACAAAUUAGGUUCUGAAGGUAGAUCAAAAGUCUCAACACGAUUGUGCAUUGUUAAUGUAGGGUUGGAGUCCCCAAGUCCUCUGUAUGUGCGUGCGUGUGUGUCUGGGGUUGUGCACCUUAUUUGUGUAGGGAAACAUGUUCACCUGUACCUCGUGCUAGUUUCUACUCUGUAUAUUAUUCUAUUCUCUGAUUGUUUUGUUCUGGUGCAGUCAAGAAGUGUUAUUUUAUACCAGUUUCCAGUCAUGUCUCGGUGGGCAAUAUUUCCAUUGUGGUGACAGCUCACCGCAUCCCUCCAGCCUGCUGAUGCUAAGUACUGAAGAAAUAAAUUGAACAAUAAUAAA